AUGACAGAGAUACGCAGCGAGGGGGUGAAGCGGCAGCGGGCCGGACGCAGCGGCAGCAGGAGGAGAGGCAGCGGCAGUAGCAGCAGGAAUGGAGGAGAAGGGGUGGGAGGAGGAGGAAGACCCAAUGCCUCCACCGUCUCCCUCACGAGUGCCUCUGCCAACAGACCUCGCCGCAGCCCCGCCUGUGCAGAUAGACUUGGUGUUGGAACCUGUCCCCUGGUGCAGGAGUACAUGUGGCUGCCCUGUGGUGUGCUUUAUUUAAGUAGCCUGCGUUGUCUUGCCCCGUCCCAUCAUAGCUGUCCAGCCCAUCCCAUCCCAGCCCAGCCUAUCCUAUCCCAUCCCAUCCCAGCCCAGCUCAGCCCAACUCAGCCUAUCCCAAGCCUGCCCAGGCCAGGUCAGCCCAUCCUAAGCCUGCACAGGCCAACCCAGCCCAUCCCAAGCCUGCCCAGCCCAGCCCAAGCCAGCCCAACCCAGGCCAUCCCAAGCCAACCCAGUAUAGGUCAACCCAGCCCAGCCCAACCCAGUCCAAUCCAGGCCAGCCCAGCCCAGCCCAGACCAUCCCAGCCCAUUAAAGCCCGGCUCAACCCAGCCCAGCCCAGCCAACUCAGCCCAGCCCAGUCCAGACCAUCCCAGCCCAUUCAAGCCCGGCUCAACCCAGCCCAGCCCAGCCAACUCAGCACAGCCCAGCCCAGCUCAGCCCAGCCCAGCCCAGCCCACCCCAACCCAGCCCAGCUCAACUCAGCCCAGCCCAGCCCAGCCCAGGCCGCCAGAAGCCAAGACUAA